AUAGGCCUUCAAGUUGGAGACAUUGGAAUGCAAAUGAGGCCAGCGCGUGCUCGGGGCCCAGUGAAAGCUCAGAUUGUUUAUUGAGCUCCCGGAGCCACGCGCCUGGCCCGAGGGAGCCGCGUCGCCGAAGAAUCACACAGCGGGGGCGGGGCCUCGCCACGGAGCGUGCGAGGAGAGGGUGGGCGCGUGUUGAAAAAGAGGAGUGCUGCCAAAGUUUGGGUCACAUCGGCUCGUGGAGAACAGCAGUCAAGAGAGACUUGGAGCCCAGUCGCCCAGCGCACGGUCCCCUCCCACGCGAAGGACACGAGAGCCAGGCGUCGCCGCAUCCAUCAACGGGAGCUGUCACAGACAUGGCAACCAUCACCACCACGCAGAGCGCCUUCACCUUGGCGCUCGCUGAGAGACGCGUGCACGCUCCGGCGCAGAAUUGCUCGCUCCCGAGCGCGCACGAGCAAAACCGGAGUAAAGUGCUGAAGAGACAGCGCUCCAACUCGCCCGAGCUGCUGCGAUGCAAACGACGCCUGAGCUUCAACGGCCUGGGCUACUCCAUUCCGCAGCAACAGCCCGUGGCCGUGGCCCGCCGGAACGAACGGGAGCGGAACCGGGUCAAACAGGUCAACAUGGGAUUCCAGACGCUGCGCCAGCACGUGCCCAACGGGGCCGCCAACAAGAAGAUGAGCAAGGUGGAGACGCUGCGCUCGGCGGUGGAGUACAUCCGAGCUUUGCAGCAGCUUUUGGACGAGCACGACGCGGUGUCGGCGGCCUUCCAGUGCGGCCUGCCCUCGCCCACGCUUUCCAACACCUACUCGGCCGACCCGGAGUCGCCUCACUCCACCUACUCGUCCGACGAGCCUCUGAGCUCCGAGGAGCAGGAGUUGUUGGACUUCACCACCUGGUUCGAUCGCUACUGACUGAAGUGACGCCGAGCCACGUGCGUAAAAGCAAGCCGGCGCAUUGCCCGGACUGAGCGCACUGAUGAGGGUUCGAACAGCGUUCUCGCCGCCCUCCCAGCCCAACAGUAAUGACAGAAUUGGGGGAAUGAAGGAGAGAAGAGUGGGACUGUGUCAUGUUGACGCACUGAAGUAAAUAAAUACCUUUGAAUAAGUGCAAUUACAGCGCGCGUCCUCAAAUGACUGAGACGGCCAGACAUUGCUCAUUUUCUGCUCGCCAUUUAUUGUAAACAAAUAAUACGAAGACCUAUUUUUCUAUUCCGGAAAUUGCCACUGAUGGAUUCAGUUUUAUCAGCAAUAUUGAGGCUACUACCUGGGACGAAUUGUACCCCCCUCCCUUUUUUUUUUUUUUUUUUUCUAUAUAAAUACAGGUGCCGAUAAGGAGCGCUCUAUUGAUGUAUGCACUUGUUCUCCACUUCCUGUAGCCUCCAAAUGUACAUAUUUGAUUUUAACAAAUAUAUUUUGUGUAAAACGAGUUUUAUAAAUAAAAUAAUCUAUUUAUAUGACAUGCUUGUGUGUGUGCCGCUUUGCUUGCAUCUCGACGACCUUAUGUUUACGCGUGGGAGGGAGUGUGCGGCGGUAAUUGAGCAAACUAUGGAGCGCUUCUAUUCAAGUUCCCCCACGACGCCCCUCCUCUUCAGUGACCUUUCCCCGACUUGAUUGGGCACAUGGGGCUAAAAUUGCGCAGCUGGGUGAGCCUUCAAUAAGCAUUAGAGACGCACACCUUCCACUACUCUUUGUGUGCAUUCAAACAGAGGAGAUUAAUAUUACUUUUCGUGCAUUGCAUUGUUUCGUAGACACUAUUUUGCCUGCAGGGAGAGUGUUUUGGGGGAGGAGGAGGGGAGCACUUCACUCUUUUCAAAGCCGAUUUGAAAUACGGCCCCGGGAAAGUCAGCAAGACAAUCGAGUCAGGUCAAAAUUCGUAUUUCCCUGCCCAAGAUCAAUCUAAAUAAAAACCUGGCCUAGUUGUAUCCCCGACUGUGUUUUUCAUGUAAGGCUUAAUCACAGGCACAUCUCCCGCAAAAUAGAAAGCGCAGCACCCCACUGCGGACGCCAUUGUGCUUCCUUUGCACCUCAUUAUUCAAAUUGUGGUCUUUUUUUGUAAACGAUUCGACUCAAUUAUUGUUAUUAUCAUUGUCGGCAUCAAAUUGUGAAUGCAUAAACAGGCAUGCAUGAUCACUAAAAAUACAUUUCUCCUGUUGCAUCAUUUGUAGGACACUUCUAUGAUCAGUUAUAUGUUUACAGACCGG